AUGAGCAUGUGCGAAGUCAUCAUCUACAAGCACGUCGAGUGCAAAUGCAUCUGGGGAGAGAUCGCAAUCUCUUGCGGGCCUGGCAUGGGCUACACAACCUGUGGCCAGUUCGGAAGCGGCAUCGCCAAAAAGCCUCUUAGAAUGCAGCUGGCGGACUUGCGGCCUUGCCCAAGACAUGAUUUAUACGGACUGUACGACCGCAACCAGACACGGAUGAUCAAGAAGAUCACCAACGGCAUCAAAUUCGGCACGGGCCCGAACAAGCAGGAUGCGGGAAUCGAAUGCACCUGCUGCACGGUGAUGUGA